AUGGGUCGGUUGGAAAAAAGACAAGAUACGAGUAUUGAGUACCCAUUGCACCCGAGAAGAGGUCUCACUGCCCUUAGAGCUGCCCUCUCACCUACAGCAGUAAUCAUCGGUGCAACUCCCUAUACUAUCAAAGGAACUAAAUUCCUGACCGCCCGGUGGGAUGCUAUUGUUGAAUCAGCUUAUUUAAAGAAUGUUGUUUUGGAGUUUCUGGAGAGUAGCACUGGAGAAUGGGAGACUUCAGAACGCAAUAUUUUUGUCCUGCACUCUCCUCCUGAUAACGUUGAUACAAUGAGUGAACCGAAUAAUAUGAACAACAAUUAUAUCGGACAUUACAACAACAUCUGUCAAUCGACUUACCCGGAAGACGUUAAUUCUGAUGACGCCAAUACUCACGUUGCCUCCUUUUCUCUCUCUGAUAAUGUCGAUGUGACGUCUAUUGCUAUGAACUCUAUGGUCUACAAAGAUACCGGAGAUUAUACGGGCAAUUAUGCAUCAUAUCAAGGCAAUCCCUCAGUUUCUUAUUAUACCCACAUUAAUGGACAGUUGAAUUCACCGAAUCCCGAUCAAGCCGAAGCCCACGCAAACAGCUCUUGUCCGCUCCCAGGAUCUUUUCAAACAUUCUGUGGCUCUACCAACCUUUAUUCCGAUGCGAUGAACGACGACGGUUCCACAGAUAAUCGCUUUGGUAUGGACAACAAUUCAUCUACUUCGUAUAUUUUUACGCUCGAUCCCACAGGCACUGGAUAUGUUGUUACGAAAGUAGAGCAUACUCAAUUAGUAUUAGGCAGGAUGUCAGCUGCCGACUUUAACCAAAUGCUAGCUACAACUCGAACGUGA